UUUGAUGAGAAAGAAACAUGGCGUAAUGUCAUUACGUACUUCCUCAAAGUUGUUACAGUAACAACCCACGUGAUUGAAGUACUUCAACUGCAAGAAGCAACAUCAAAUAGGAAGAGAGCAGCAUGGUUAGCCAUGCCGGAAAACAUUAAUUUAAAUUUUCUUCAGACUUUCAUUCUGCUAAACGUGGAAGAAGCGAUUUCAGAUCUGGAAGCAGAGUAUGUCGAUGGUGCACCGGCCAAGAAAGUCUUCGUUCACAUGCUUCUUAAGCAUGAGACAAAGAUUGAUCAGUACCUACUGGGAGACAUUGAGCAGGCGGUCUAUUUGGCCCUCGAUAUCAAAGUCAUGCAGGGCAAACUCUUUGUCAACAACGCUGGCAAGUACGAGAGAAACUACGCUUAAUGCCUGUCACAUUGGUACUGCCACUGACCCAGCCAAACAGAGUGACCUACACCAAGGCAAGCACAAGGUCAGCAAUAUGUUGAGCAAAGGUGACGUCCCCAAGGGUGUCAGUUGUACUGACCCGUGUUCUCCAAGUGACCUGGCUAAAGUUCAACAUACUGUCUGCACCUCUACUUCUGAGGCCUGGGCUACUCUCUACAAGUUUUAUCUCAUGUACGCCAAGAUUGAUUUCGCCCAGUGGCAGGUGACCACUUUCACACUCACGGAUAUUUGGCUGCAGUCUAAGAAGAAAUUGCUGUCCAGGUUGAGAUUGUGUUUUCAAGAAUGUUUGGAAGAAACUUGCAUUAAGAGAACAAUCAAAUCUGCUGACUGGUGUCCAGCUCAUUUCACGUCUCCUAGACAGUGAUGUUAGCUCUGUGAGACUUGGGAAAACUUGGCUGCAGUCUAAGCAGAAAUUGUUGCUGACUGAUGUCCAGGUAUAGGUCGUGUCUCAAAGAAUUGCUCUGAAGGAGAUAACAUGCUGAAUACUUGACUGCAUUGCUAGAAUGAGUGAUUUUUCACUAAUUAAACUUUUAAAUCUAAAAUAUAUAUGUUCAAAAUGUUCUUUAAUUAUUUGAAUUAUAAUAUAGUCUUUAAAUAUGGAGAAUGCUCUUUUGUUUUCAUCUGUUUAAACGAUUAUUAAAAUGUUAAACCAACA